UUCUCGAAUCUGAAAUCUUCACCACUGUGAGUCCCGCUUCUCAGUGAUCACGAACAUGAGCUCAGACCUACUUUGCGUCCAUUCAAAGCGCAGACCACCUUGCCACUUUCCCUGAAAGGACGAGGCCGGAGAAAUAAAUCCCAACCAUGUCCCUUUCCUCUGUCCCCGCUCGACUCACCCUUCUCGCCCUCCUCUCAGCCUCUACAUUUUAUUGCCUCUACAAGUCUCGCCGCCUCAGACACCUCAAGCUCUCCCUAAACGCUAACCCUAAUCCCUCUCUUUCCAAACCCAAGCUCUUCUUCGUUUCCCAAACAGGUACCUCCAGAGCCCUAGCUGACCGUCUCUUCGAUCUUUUAGCGUCGAACGAUCUCCCAUUCGACCUGGUCGAUCUCAAAGACUACGAGCCCGAGGACCUACCGAAAGAAACCCUAGUUUUGAUUGUCGCUUCGACCUGGGAAGAUGGCAAGCCCCCGCAGAACGCGAAGUUCUUUUCUAAUUGGCUUUCCGAGAGCGCCGAGGACUUUCGGGUCGGGUCUCUCUUGCUUUCGCGGUGUAAAUUCUCGGUUUUCGGCGUCGGAAGCCAAGCUUACGGCGCGACAUUCAAUGCGGUCGCGAGGGAUUUCUCGAGGCGGAUGAGAGCGUUGGGUGCCAGGGAGAUUUUGCCUGUUUGGGAAGGGGAUGUAGAUAGUGGUGAUAUUGAUGAGGUCUUUGGUGCUUGGAGUGCUAAGUUGGUUGGGGUUUUGAAGGGUGACGUGGUAGAAAAUGGUGCAGUUUUGCGUUCUGAGGUUGGUGGUGAGAGUGAUGCUGAGAGUGUUGGUAGCUCGGAUGAGGAUGGGGGUAGCGAAGACGGAGGCACGGGAUCAGAGAUUGUUGAUGUUGAGGAUAUUGCAGGGAAAGUGCCGUCAAGGAAGAGGGUCACAGUGGCUGAAACUAAUGGGAGACUGAAUGGGAAAAAAGAGAUGGUGACUCCGGUGAUUAGAGCAAGCUUAGAGAAGCAGGGAUAUAAAAUUAUUGGUUCACAUAGUGGUGUGAAAAUUUGUAGAUGGACCAAGUCACAGCUUAGAGGCCGUGGAGGUUGCUACAAGCACUCAUUUUAUGGGAUUGAGAGUCAUAGGUGUAUGGAGGCAACCCCUAGUUUGGCAUGUGCCAAUAAAUGUGUUUUCUGUUGGAGACAUCACACAAAUCCUGUUGGAAAGAGUUGGCAGUGGAAGAUGGAUGAUCCGUUAGAGAUUGUAAAUUCUGCCAUAGAUCUGCAUACAAAUAUGAUUAAGCAAAUGAAAGGAGUUCCUGGCGUUUCACUGGAGCGAUUAAUGGAAGGUCUCUCACCCAAGCAUUGUGCCUUAUCCCUUGUUGGUGAACCCAUUAUGUACCCAGAGAUCAAUACACUUGUGGAUGAGUUGCACCGCCGGCGGAUUUCUACUUUUCUAGUAACAAAUGCACAGUUUCCUGAAAAGAUUAAAAUGCUGAAGCCUGUCACCCAGUUAUAUGUGAGUGUGGAUGCUGCAACAAAGGAGAGCUUGAAGGCAAUUGACAGGCCACUCUUUGGAGAUUUUUGGGAGCGAUUCAUUGAUUCUUUAAAAGCUCUCAGGGAGAAACAGCAGCGAACUGUCUACCGCUUGACUCUGGUGAAAGGCUGGAAUACAGAGGAAUUAGAUGCUUAUUCUAAUCUCUUUGGUAUUGGAAAACCUGAUUUUGUUGAAAUCAAAGGCGUUACAUAUUGUGGAUCGUCUGCUACAUCAAAAUUGACAAUGGAAAAUGUGCCCUGGCAUGCAGAUGUGAAAGCUUUUUCUGAGGCCUUAGCUCUAAGAAGCCAAGGGGAGUAUGAGGUUGCAUGUGAACACGUCCACUCCUGUUGUGUCCUCCUGGCAAACACUGAGAAGUUUAAGGUCAAUGGCAAGUGGUUCACAUGGAUAGACUAUGAAAAGUUCCAUGACUUGGUGUCUUCCGAAAAACCUUUUAACAGCAUGGAUUACAUGGCUGCCUCACCAUCCUGGGCUGUCUAUGGAGCAGAGGAAGGUGGAUUUGACCCGGGUCAAUCUCGGUAUAGGAAGGAGCGACAUCACAAAUCAAGCCGCUGACUGACCAGUUCCUCUCGCGUGUCAAAGACUUGCUCAAUAGUUUUGCUCUAAGAAAACUGGUUGAUCCGAGAAAAUUACUUCUGAAGGGUAUUUGUCCUAUCAAUUACUCUCAUGAAGAAAUCGUGGACAUGAUUGAUAAAUUGCAUUAGCCAGGGGCCAUUUACUACCAAAAUCAAGGAAGUGGACCCUGUUUGCUGCGCAUCGCCUUUUCGACCAGGUUUCUGUACACAGGUUGCAGCUGCGUAAGAGGUUAGAAUGCUGAACCAGAUAUUGGCUGCUAUUAUCCUAGUAUUGUAGUACAGAUGAGUUUGUAACCUUCUACUGCUCAUUAACUUUUGUGGUCAAGCAUUACAAUAA